AUGGGAGACUUGAGCCUCUUGAGCGAAAUUUCAGAUGCGUUCACCCGGCGUGAAGUCGACCCGAGUGUAACUGCCGUGCUUCCGGACCUUGGAGCGAUCUUACGUGUGCAACGCGGCAACACAUCAGCGUGGGCGCAGGCUUUCAGAAUCGAUGUUCUCGGUGUGAACGGCGGACAAGAAAGCUACUUCAUCAAGAUCUCGAUCGGGUUCCACGGACUUCAGGCACUGAAGGGCGAGUACGAGGCAACGUCUGCCAUCUACGCCAUCACGCCCGAUUUCUGCCCCAAGCCCAUCGCCUGGGGGAGUCUCCACGACCACUCCGAUGCACACUUCUACCUCUGCAAAUUCUACGAAUUCUCCGAGGAUCUCCCCGAGCCCAAUGAUUUCUGUGAGAAGCUGGCCAGGCUGCAUUCGAGUCACUCGUCGCCCGAGGGCAAGUUCGGCUUUCAUUGCACGACCUACAAUGGUGACCUCCCACAGGACAACACAUGGUGCGAUAGCUGGGAGGCCUUCUUUGCCAAUGGCCUCCGUCAUAUCCUGAAAGUCCGCGAGGAAAGAGCUGGCCCCAGUCCUGAGUUGGAGGCCCUGUGUCCUGCGCUGUUUGAGAAAGUCAUUCCCCGGCUUCUGCGGCCGCUUGAGAGCAAUGGACGCCAGGUUCAACCAUCACUGGUUCACGGGGACCUAUGGUACGGUAACGCCGCCGUCAUUGAAGAGACUGGAGCCUCCAUUAUCUUCGACCCGUCCAGCUUUUGGGCCCACUACGAAUACGAGUUUGGGAAUUGGCGCCCGGCCCGAAACCGCUUCACUUCACCAUACUUUGAGGCCUACAAAUCACACAUAGCGGACUGGUCCGAUCCUGUGACGGAUUUCGAUGACCGGAAUGCUCUCUAUGCGCUGAGAUUCAACCUGCACGCAGCUACGCUGUUUCCGGAUAACAAUGCGUAUCUUCAGAUGUAAGGGAAUAAUACUCUCUGCAUUAUCAUUUUAACCGUUGACGAGCCUGGUUGUAGGGCGGUAGACGAGAUAAGGAGACUGACAGAGAAAUUC